AUGGUAUCCACGUUCACAAAAGAGCAAGUUGACGGAUUUGGAGCGAUCCUAAACGAUGUGAACAAACCACUGAAAGCGAGGUUCCGCGCGCUCUUCAUUUUGCGCAAUAUCGGUUGCGAUCAGUCGGUACAGUGGAUUGCCAAAUGCUUCCAUGACGAGUCUGCUCUACUCAAACAUGAAUUAGCUUAUUGUCUUGGCCAGACUCAAAAUAAAUCAGCUAUCCCCAUCCUCAUUGAUGUUUUAACGGACACAAACCAAGAGGCAAUAGUCCGUCAUGAAGCUGGUGAGGCUCUAGAGGCAAUAGUCCGUCAUGAAGCUGGUGAGGCUCUAGGUGCAAUUGGCGAUCCCUCGGCAUCCUCCAUUCUGGAAAAAUAUAGCAAGGUGAAGUUUAUGUUCUGUUGGUAUACUCGCAUUCUUGGUUUUUUUAAAACUUUAUGGGAGUUGGCGUAUGUGUGCAACUAA